AUGAAAGAUAUUUCCCUACACGGUGACGCACGAAUGGAGUAUCUCGGAGUUCCACAGGAAGCCGAACAUCAUACGUUUUAUCUGAGUUCAUGUGAAUCUACCGCUGGUAUCGAUGCACAUGAUUCAAAUAUUUCCUCGAGAUGCUCGUCGCUAUCAUCAUCAUCGUCAAUGAAUAUUGCCCGACCGACCGCUCGAUCGCCAGUACACACGAACGUCUUUCUGAAUGUUCUCAAACGUCUACACUGUAUAACACUUCGUGGUAAAAAACACCGCCGAUAUCGAUCGUUGUCAACGUCGUUACAUCUCUUCUUCAAGAAACAUCACAAAUCGUCGAUUGAUUUCCGUCAAUCAACCAUCGAACUUUGUAAAUCACCAUCUAGUCCACAAUUUCCAACAAUCAAUGUAGAUAAUGAAAAUGAACUCAUACGAUCAAAGACGCCCUUUCAUAGCUGUCAACAAAUCCAUCAUACCGGUGCAAAUGAAGAUAUACAUUUUAAUAGUAAAACCCAGAAUCUUCGCCCACGAAGAUCAUUCUUACAACGGCUGAGACGUUCGGAUAAGACAGUUAGCGAAGAUAAUAACACGAAUACGUUAAGUUCAGUCGAUUUAGCGCUUACGCCACAACUUCUUCCUACUCUGUUAAUCACAGAAUCAACUUCAUUGGUAACGCCAGUUCAACAACUAACGUCUUUUGAUUACACCCGUGUAAGUCAUUAUUUUUUCUUGUUUUAUUCGAUCGGACCUAUUUUGAUUUAA